AUGCCCUGCGGGAAGCGACCCCUUGUCAAAACCUGGGACAAGCCUAGGCGCAUAAGGGUUAUUACACCAUCUCGAUAUGAACAAACUUUGGAUUGCGUUAAAGUACAUUGGCAAAAUGUUAUCAAGGAGUUGGAAAUGUCCUACAAAGAUGAACAGUUCUGGGACACAAAUUGUGACACAGUACGCAACUUGGUGGGCCCCGUGAUCUUCCAGCGGAUUGCCAAGAUAUUCGAUCUGCCGCAGGAAGAGAAGGAGUAUGUGCCACCAGAAGAUGUUCCACUGGAAGUCAAGUCCGAAGACUUGUUUGUUUCAAAAGCAUCAAAAGGUUUAUUUUCUGCUAUGGGCUCCGAAGGAGAACCUUCAAUGGAGGAAGAAGUACAGCCUGAAGAGGAAUCCGAGUGGACCGUCAGUACAGAGCACAGCCACGUCAGUGAAGAAAAAAGAAUGAAAUCCCUUACAUCGACCAGAUCACUAACAGUAUCGAAAUCAGUAUCCAAAAUGUUGUCCAAAUCUUUCUCGAGAUUCUUAUCAAAGAUAAUGCAGUCAGCAAAAUCUGCCCCGGAAAAAUUGGCUGCUCAAAAAUCUUCAAUAACGAUCCCAGAUUCUUUAGCCAACACCAGUGAUGACAUGAAUGUGCGUCCUGGAACCGCUAUGGACCUCUUAUAUCGGCGACCACGAGUAGGAGGAAAUCCAUUCUUUGACAUGUUAUACUGCAACGAAUCUGAAACAGACAUGAUCAAAUGGAAGUCAAAAUACAAACAAAAGACUUUCGAAGUGUCUGCUUCCGAUGAAUUUAGUAAGAGGGCAGAAAUUUUGACUAAACAAAUAUCCAAUGACUUCUAUGAGUGGUGGGUUGGCUUAGGUAAUGUUGAAUUCAAGAGUGAAAUCAAGCGACCUGAGGAUAUCGAAGCUCUUUUCCAGGUGUGGUUCGACGAGCAUUCUUCCCGCGGUAUUGUGCUGGACCCGAAGAUAAUACCUUGCGUAUUAAGAAGCAUCGCUACAAGUACCGGCGUACAAAAGGCGUCAUGUCUCCGGGCGUUAAGACGACAAAUAGCGUACGACAUUGAAGCGGAGACCAACCCAGCGCACACGAUGGCUUUCGGGAAGAGUCUGCCGAACAAACUGAAGCAUGUUCCUCCUCAGAACAACACUAGCAAGCAAUGGCGCGGCGUCUUAAUCCCAGAGGAUCUGCGCAGCAUGGCGUGCGUCUGGGAGGAUAUACAGCAUCUCACGUCGACAAAGGCUUUCCAGCAAUGGUUAGUGAAGCACCCAAACCUGCCAAUGCCUCCUUUCUUGAAGUACCUCCACGCUCCUGGAGACAAGAAGACACCGUUUAUCGUACCCUCAGACUAUGUGCUCAAAGACAAGGGUGUAACGCCAUCAGCCCAGGAACUCGCUCUUCCAGUCUCACAGUUCUCCUUGGAGCUAAAAGAAGUGCUCAGCAAACUUAUGAACCAAUGAGCACGAAGGUUUGGAAACACUUAUAACUGAUUUAUUAUUUUCUAAUUGUGUAAUUUGUUAAUUUAUUUACUGAUUCUGAAUUAAAUAGCCUUACUGUGUUA